CCUAGUCUGAUCGUCUCGUGCAAUUUUUACCCAAUCAUGUAGUGCAGAUCACUGAUACUCAUUUCGGGUUUUCAUCCUGAUUCGCCAUAAAUGCGAACUUGAUCCUAGUUGGUCUUUACUUCCACUCCCACUUGGCUGAGGUAGUGUUACACAGCCUGUGUGACCGAUCGUUUUGCAGUCAACCCAGCUUCACUACCUCUUAUUCGUCUUUAAUUUAUUACACCUGUCCAACAUGAAACAUCUCGCUCUAACAGCGAGCCUCUGCUUCCUCCUAGGUUUAGCAAGCGGCGCUGCGCAUCCGACCCCCAAGCCAGAUUGCAAAUGCUUCCCGGGAGACACAUGUUGGCCUACAGAAAGCGAAUGGAGCUUCUUCAACAAGACGGUAAAUGGCCGUCUCAUUAAAACGGUUCCUCUAGGAUCUCCUUGCCAUGAUCCCACGUACGAUGCAGCCAAAUGUGAGGAUUUAAAGAAGGAGUGGAAACUCGCACCCGUCCAUCUUGAUGAUCCUUCCUCUGUCCAGGCUGCUAUCUUCGCCAAUGCUUCCUGCGACGUCUUCACCCCACGCAAUACCCCCUGCCGCUUAGGCACCUACGUCCGGUAUGCGGUGAACGUCUCUUCUCCAUCCGAAAUCGCAUCCACACUCCGCUUCGCACAAACACGCAACAUUCGCCUCGUAAUUCGCAAUACGGGCCAUGACUAUAUGGGCCGUUCAACCGGCGCAGGAUCGCUAUCCGUGUGGACGCACAAUCUCAAAGGCGUGGAGAUCACGGACUGGCAAAGCGCGGAAUACGCAGGAAAGGCUGUAAAAAUCGCGGCGGGCGCGCUGGGGGUUGAGGCUCUGGAGGAAACGUCCAAGCAUGGCCUUGUGGUCGUGUCGGGCGAGUGUCCGACUGUGGGUAUUGCUGGGGGAUACACUCAAGGGGGUGGACACUCUCCUCUCAGUACAGCAUUUGGCCUAUCGGCGGAUAAUACGCUGGAAUUCGAGGUGGUAAAUGCCAAGGGUAAACUAAUCCGCGCAAGUCCUACAUCGCUAGACCCGGAAAGUAGGGACCUGUUCUUUGCGUUGAGUGGGGGCGGAGCGGGCAAUUUCGGUGUCGUGGUGAGCGUGACCUUGCGCGCCCACCCGGACCGUGUAACAAGCGGCGCGUCAUUUACAAUCCAAAGAGAAGACGGAAUCGACAUCGCGGCUGUGUUGGAAAAGUGGCAUGAGGUCUUGCCUGGCAUCAUUGAGGCAGGGACUCAGGCAACGUACCUUGCGACAACCGAAUACGCCACCCUGCAUUCGCUCAGCGGCUUCAACUUAACGCAAGCGGAGCUCGAAAAGACGCUGCAGCCAUUCCUGGAGCAUAUGGCGGACAUGGGGGUCGCGUUGAAACCGAACUACACCGAGUUCGCCACGUAUCACGAUCACUAUCUUCAUUAUUUCGGCCCACUCCCGGAGGGUGCUUUUGGCGGCGCAGGAAACCAGUUGAUGGGUGGACGACUCCUUCUCCGCGACGCAUUGCCCAAAGUUGGUUCAGCUAUCAAUGCUACGAUGCAGCUCGGCGUGCAAUUUAUCGGCCAGGCCCUGAACGUCACACGCUUUGCCCGGCCUUCGGUCCGUGCCGUGCUCCCACAGUGGCGCAACGCAGUCGUCAUGUCUGCAUACUCGAUGCCUUAUUCCGAUAUCGUGCCUUUCGCAGAGAUGGAGGCGCGGCAGGACUUCAUCACGCAGACAGUAAUGCCUAUCGUAGAAGCCGUAACGCCGAAUGCUGGAGCAUAUAUCAAUGAGGCGGAUUAUCAGCAGGAGGAUUGGCAGGACGUGUUCUACGGCGAUAACUAUCCAAGGCUGUCGACAAUCAAGAAGAGGCUUGAUCCACAGGGAUUGUUUUAUAACGAGAUUGCUGUGGGGAGUGAAAGGUGGAAGGUUAGGAGCGAUGGGCGGCUUUGUAGGGCUGAGUAAUGUUUUGACUGUUAAUUAAACUCUUGGUGAAUCUGGCACUCAUAAUUAAGAAGC